AUGGCACCAAGCAAAAGGGAGGCCGCGCAUGAGUGCGUGUCCGACGAGGCGUUGGUUCAUCUCAAGUCCUACAAGUAUUCCAGCGUCGACAAAUCCUUGAUCUCGAAUUAUAUUCUCAAGCACUACUGGAAUGGGUUCGUGCAUCUGCUGCCGUUAUGGCUCGCGCCGAACAUGGUCACUCUCCUCGGAUUCUUCUUCAUCCUCACGAAUAUUAUAUUCCUAGAGAUAUUUAUGCCGGAUUUGGUUGGACCCGGACCGACGUGGUUAUACUACAGCUUUGCAUUCGGGCUCUGGAUGUACUCGACGAUGGACAAUGUCGACGGCAAGCAAGCGCGGCGGACAGGUACCUCCAGUGGCCUGGGCGAACUCUUCGACCACGGGAUCGACUCCUUGAAUUGCACCCUGGCGAGCUUGUGUGAGACGGCCGCAAUGGGUCUCGGCACCUCGAAGGCAGGCGUGUUCACAGCCUUGAUACCUUGCCUGCCCAUGUACUUCUCGACCUGGGAGACAUAUCACACCCAUACCUUGUAUCUAGGCAUCUUCAAUGGACCCACCGAAGGCCUUAUCAUCGCAUGCCUGAUAAUGAUCCUCUCGGGAUACUAUGGUCCCCAGAUCUGGACUCAGCGGAUCACCGAUCUCAUCGGCCACCACUAUUUCUUCGGAUACCACGAGGUCUUUGGGACAUAUUCCGUUCGGGAUCUCUGGGUGCCUAUCCUGGUAACCUCCUUCUUUGGCGCGCACAUGCCCGCCUGCGUUUACAAUGUCGUCAAGGCACGACGGAGCGCCAAUCUUCCCGUCCUGCCGGUCUUCCUGGAAUGGACCCCGAUGAUCGUAUACACAUUCUCCAUCGGAGCCUGGCUUUACUCGCCUUACUCAACCCUGAUGGCAGAGAACCGGUUAGUCCUCUUCUGCCUGACGAUGGCAUUCGUCUUCGGUCGCAUGACGACGAAGAUCAUCCUCGCCCAUCUUACGCGCCAACCAUUCCCUUACUGGACGGUGAUGCUCACUCCUCUCGUUGGCGGCGCAAUUCUGGGUAACCUCCCUCGCAUCGGACUCCCACAAGUCAGCGCUUUCGUCGAACUCUGGUACCUCCGCGGAUACUUCCUCUUCGCGCUGGUUGUCUAUUUCAGAUGGGCAUUCCUAGUCAUCAACAGCAUCUGCGACUACCUCGGCAUCAACUGCCUUACGAUCCCAACGAACAUGCAAAUAGCCAACCAGGAGAAAUCCAGAUCGUCCAACGGGACGGCCAAUUCAAGCAACGGUCACGUUCACGAAAAGAGAAUCGACUAA